UAGGAGCUGAAAGAUUUGUAAUAGCAGGGAAUUUCCCACAAAGUAAUAAUAAGGAAGAAACAAAAGAAAGAAGUCAAGACUCACAGAAGCUUCCCCUACAGCGCUUGACGCAGAACCAACCAGAAUUGCUAGAAGGAAUUGACAAUUUAAAUUCGAAAUCGCUGAAAGAUGAAGAUAGAACAGCAAAUGCUGCACAGACUGGAGAAGGCCAUAUUGGGCAUUUUGACUCCGUUGAUGCAACACAUACGUAUUUAAUUAUCGAAGAAAAUGAUGUAGAUGAAAGCAAAGCUCAAAAAUUGGUGAAAGAGCUGGAAAAAAUGUUGAACCUCCCACGUGGAAGCUUUUCAAAUAUUAGGUUGGAUGGGAGACAAAUUACUUUUAAAGUCAACCCAAAUACACAGCACUUGAAUGCGUCAGAUGUUGCAGCAGAAGCAGAGGGGCAUUCCAAACAGUUACAGAUGUUUACUGACCUCACCAUUCAAGCAGCUGGCAUUGGCGACAAG